AUGAUGCGCGGAAACUCUCUCAUUGACGACUUAAAGCUUCUUGUCAAUAAUCCUCGAUAUAGUGAUAUAGAAAUCAGGUGCAAGGAUAAUUCUGUCCUUUAUGGUAACAGUGCAAUUCUUGCUGCUCGUUCCGAA